CGUUAAGACGGCCUCUCAGAUUUCAAGUGUCUCCUUUUACACUCCCGAGCCGCCACAUUCAUCAUGGGAGCAGGCUGAAGUUUUACUGCGGCCGCUAGAGGUGGAUGCAAAAACAGACGUUGAGUGUGGGAUGGACUCUGAGGGCAACGAGCCCCAAAACGCUCUGAGAGGGCGAGGGAGGAAAAAAAGGAAAAAUGCGAGCUAGGGCAUGAGUGCAGUGCAACUCUCUGCUCAGUUUUUGACACAGUUCAACACUUUUCAUCCGCUGGAAACUCCGAGGUUAUCCUUCGACUUUAUGGGCGUACCUCCCUGUUUUUGCAUCACAGAGGAGUAAGGUGAGGGACAGGGUCACAGCUCCAUAAAUACUUGGUGUGGCAGCAGAGACUUUUGGAUGGACCCUGGAGGAGUACAAACUACUGCGCACAGGAGAGGAGCGCCGACUUUUCUGCAAGUUGAUACCUCCUUUGUGAAGAAGCUGAGUGCCACCAGGAAAGCUGUGGUGCCUCAUCAUAAUAUGGAAAGUCUAUGAGUUCGCAUUAGCAGAGAUACAACUUGUUUCAUUGUGCUCAAAGAGUGCGAUGUAGGUCAACUUGUCAAGAUGACAGCGCUAUCACCUUUGCACCGUGCUGUUCUCGGACUCGCGUGGAGCUGCUUGAGUUUUCUGUCCUGCACCCAUUGCGGGUUAGGUGACAACCAUGUGCACUCAAGUUUUAUUUACAGGAGAUUGCGCAAUCACGAACGCAGGGAGAUCCAGAGAGAGAUCCUCUCCAUCCUGGGCUUACCUCACCGGCCGAGGCCCUUCAGUCCCGGCAAGCAGGCGUCCUCCGCGCCGCUCUUCAUGCUCGACCUUUACAACGCCAUGGCCGUGGAGGAGGAGGAAGAGGAGGGGGCGAGGAAGAGCUUUGGUGCCAAAGCUCAAGGGCACUCCAGGAAGGGUUACUACAACCCGCAGCAUGCCGGGUACUCGCGCGCGCCACAGCCUUAUCGGGCUGCUCCUCUGUUAGGCCACAGCCCCGCGCUCACCUCAGCGAACGAGAACAACUUCCUCAAUGAUGCCGACAUGGUGAUGAGCUUUGUCAAUUUAGUCGAGAAAGAUAAAGAUUUUUCUCACCAACGGAGACACUACAAGGAGUUCCGUUUUGAUCUGACUCAGAUCCCAGACGGUGAGGCAGUGACUGCUGCAGAGUUUCGGAUCUAUAAGGACCGCAGCCAUGCCCGCUACGACAAUAUCACUCUGAAGGUUUCCAUAUAUCAAGUCAUCAAGGAGUAUCAGAACAAAGAUGCAGAGACAUUCUUGCUCGACUCCAAAAAAGUGCAGGCAUCUGAUGGGGGCUGGCUUGUGUUUGACAUCACUGCAACCAGUAACCACUGGGUGAUGAACCCACAGCAGAACUUGGGCCUGCAGCUCUGUGUGGAGACUGUAGAUGGGCGAAGUAUCAACAUAAAAUCUGCUGGAAUCAUCGGGAGGAACGGGCCCCAGUCCAAACAGCCUUUCCUGGUCGCUUUCUUUAAGGCCAGCGGGGUGUUGCUUCGCUCUGUCAGAGCUGCUGGUGGGAAGAAAAAGAACCACAAUCGCAAUAAAUCAACUAAUCAACAAGAAUCAUCAAGGGCACCUAAAAAUGGAGAUUACAAUGUGAGUGAACAGAAACAAGCCUGCAAGAAGCAUGAACUCUACGUCAGUUUCCGAGAUUUGGGCUGGCAGGAUUGGAUCAUUGCACCUGAGGGCUAUGCUGCUUUUUACUGUGAUGGCGAAUGCUCUUUUCCACUCAACGCACACAUGAACGCAACAAAUCAUGCAAUAGUGCAAACCUUGGUCCAUUUAAUGUUUCCUGACAAUGUGCCAAAGCCGUGCUGUGCCCCGACCAAGCUCAACGCAAUAUCAGUGCUUUAUUUUGACGACAGCUCCAACGUCAUCCUAAAGAAAUACAGGAACAUGGUAGUUCGGUCUUGUGGUUGCCAUUAGUGGUAACUUUAAUUUAUGCUAUCUGGUGUGGGAAUCUCUGGAAAACACAUGUGCUGCAGGUGUGAUGUACAGUAUUAUGUAUAUAAAGUUUUACUACCUAAUUUAUUUUCUUUUUUUUAAAUAGCACUGAAUAUUGUUAUAUUUAAAUGAUUAGGGGAAAUAUGAUUUGAUUUACAUUAACUUUCAUUUAUCUUUUAUGUCCAUUGGCAUAUAUGCUCUCUUCAUUAGGCCUAAAUGAUAAAUUAUAAGAGUUUAUUAUUCACUGGAGUCACAGUACACAAGAUUUUUCCACUUUUACGUAAACUUGUGAUAAAUUCUCACUUAACUGUAGUCAUCAUUAAAUAAUGUGCUUUUCUUCAGUUUUUCUUAACAGACCAAUAAUUAAACAUGACUGUUUGAUUAUAUAUAUCCAAAGAUAUUGCUUUUAUCAUUAACAUCACAGCUUUAACAGGCUGCUGGAAAUCAAGUGUGAUGUCUGGAAAAAUACAGCAAGCGUUCUCUGAUCUAAACCAAAUUUACCAAAGCUAUUUUCAAGCUGUCACCAUCUUUCGGCGCUGAUACUGUUCCUCCUUUUUCAAGCCAGCUUCUUUUUAUUUCUUUUUUUUUGUAAGAGUGUGUCCUCAAAAGGGGAUUAUGUCAGUCUGGAAUGAAAGUCUUCCAUAAACACUGUUUUUCUCACUUCUCUGUGGACUGCCAUAGCUGCAUUCUUUUUUUACACUAAUUUUAGCUCUUCUGGAGAAAGUUUAUCUAAAUGUAGAAUGUUGUGUA